AAGCCGUGUAGCCUGGGGUGCCUUCCUUCCCCGAGCCGCGUAACUCCUUCCCAAGUGACGUUGCCCGAAUGGGGGCCGCUCGUUGACCGGCCCACCUGGAGGCCAAAGGCGGCGGCGCAGCGACGGCUGGCACGAGGAAGAUAAAAGGGCGUCGCGGGGCUCUGCUGGGCGCAAGCUUCUCACCCCGGGAAGAAUCGUCCUCCUCCUGCUGCUGCCGCUGCCGCCGCCGCCGCUGGUCUGCACCCCUUUUGAAACCGAGACGGGUACUCGCCUCUUUGCAACGCCUCCAUCCCGUUAAGCAGACUAAAGUCAUGUUACACUGGGGAUACGAGGAAGACAACGGACCUACUCAUUGGAAGGAAAUUUUCCCCAUUGCUGAUGGAGACCGGCAAUCUCCCAUUGAUAUUCCUACUGAAGAAACUAAAUACGACCCCGACCUGCUUCCUCUCAACCCCCGCUAUGAUCCUUCCUCUGCUAAAGUCAUACUCAAUAAUGGACACUCCACCAGUGUGGAGUUUGAUGACACUGAGAAUAAAUCAGUGCUAAGUGGGGGUCCACUCACUGGAAAUUAUAGGCUGCGACAAAUCCACUUCCACUGGGGGGCCAAUGAUGACAUUGGUUCUGAACAUGCCGUGGAUGGAGCAAAAUUCCCAGCAGAGCUUCAUGUGGUGCAUUGGAAUGCAGAUAAAUACCCCAGCUUCGUUGAAGCUGCUCAGCAACCUGAUGGGUUAGCAGUCAUGGCUGUUUUCUUAAAAUUGGGUGAAUGCAAUUCACAACUCAAAAAAAUCACAGAUAAACUGGAUACCAUUAAAGUGAAGGGUAAGCAGCACAGGUUCACCAAUUUUGAUCCUUCCUGUCUUCUCCCUCAUUCGCUGGACUACUGGACAUACCUUGGGUCUCUCACAGUUCCUCCCCUUCUUGAGAGUGUCAUUUGGAUCAUCCUUAGGGAGCCUAUAAGUGUUUGCUCUGAACAACUGGCCAAAUUUCGCAACCUCCUGUGUACUGGUGAAGGAGAGCGUGCCUAUUGCAUGCUGAAAAACUUCAGACCACCACAGCCUUUAAGGGGGCGGGAAGUAAGAAGAAAUUAAAGGAAAGAUAAUUUGUUAUAGUAGUUGACACUGUUAUGGAUGCAAAACCCAUUUAAAAUAUUGCCCUUAUUUUUUUUUUAAUUUGAAGCUUUCAUUUUUAAAUUGUAGGAAUUUUGACGGAAAGAUUUGUGAGUAGGGUAGGUAGAGUAGAGUAGAAUAGAGUAGAGUAGAGUAGAGUAGAAAUGAAUAGAAUAGAAUAGAAUAGAAUAGAAUAGAAUAGAAUAGAAUAGAAUAGAAUAGCCAUUAUUAUGAUUCCUGACAAUGACAAUAUACAAUCUUGCCUCUACAAUAUAAAUCCCAAAUAAAAACCUAGGGGUUUGUAUAAAAUAACAGUAAAUGCAAAGUAUGCAUAAGUAGUGAGAUGAUAAGAAGAAAUAGAACAGGAACUAAAAUACAUAUAUCCAAUCAAGAUGUAAAGUUUAUUUUAGUGAUACAAUAUUUUUGUUCAAUUAUUUGAUUCCUCUAUUUUAAAUAAUAGGUUUUUUGCAGUUUGACUAUGUUAGAGAGGCAAGGCACUCCCUUUUUAUUAAGAAUAUAAUUAAUAAUAUAAUAUGUAAUUGGAUUCCAAUACGAUACAAUCAAUCGGAUUUUUCUGAGUGGUAGUUAAUAUUAAUAUUAUAUUUUGUGGUCUGAAUGAACUUCAUGCUGUUAUUUGAUUCUAGCGUAGCAUGUUAAGUGUGAGUGAUAAGGAUUCAAUAGAUAUAAUUUAGGGUUUGUGAAUGAAAUGACCUAACUAGCCAGAAGAUUAAAUGAUUUAAUCUUCCACUCUGGGAUUCUAAUAGUUUAUCUUCAAAACAUCCUAGGAAUUGUUACUCUGUAAAGAAACUCAAUAGGAAAUUAUUCAACUAAUUAGGCCAGAAAGCAAGAAUAGCAAGACACUUAAAAAAAUCAAACAACUAAAAAUACAAUAAUGGCAACAUGUUUCUUUUUUUAAAUCUUUUUAUCAGUGAUAACAAGGGUUUUUGCCUCCAUUCAGAAGUGAAGUUUGGAUUGAAAUGUGCUUGUUGAAUUAUAUAAAUUGUAUGCUAAUUGGUGAGUAUUUGUAUAUAAGGCUGUGAAUGAUGGUUUGGAGAUGGCAUUGUUUCAUAUUUUUAAAAAAAUGAUGGAUCUUAAUAUUUUCAUGCUAUUUAAAUAAUUUCAUAAAAGCAUUGUUAAGGAAUCAGCAGUAAUUUUGAAUUAAGGCAAGAAGGAGUAAAUGAACAGUAUUGGUCUAUGCUCUUAUGUUAGAUUUUUUAAAGAAAAGUUUACUGACAAUAAAUUAAGUUUUCUUCUAA